GGAUUUUCUCUCUCCCGCUCCUCUCUCCUCCGACAUCCCUCGCCCCACCCUGUCACGCUCUCUCUCUCUUUCGAUCUUCUCUCGUCGCCUCCGCCCUCCGCCACCACCUAUACAGCCGCCAUCUCGGUCGCAGACCUAGUCACCGCCAGGGAGAGGGUCUACAGAUAUCUGCGUGGGCUGGUCAUCAGGCGCCAUUAGGAGGCUGAGUUUGAAGCUAAAGCUUAACUUGGAAUGAGAAGUUGGAAGCUUUAUUGGCUUUUCUUUGUGUUUUGAGCUUCGGAGGCAGAGAUUGGUCUGAUCAAGAGGUUCAGUAGCCGAGGAGCUCAGCUGAGAAGAGUGGGGUCAGUUGUCCGCCAUUGCUCCCACUUUGUCUCCUUCCUUGAGCUCUCAGUUGCGGAAUGGAAGGAGAGCUUGGAGAUUUGAAGUCCGAGCUGAAGCAGAAGAUGCUCCGGAGCUUCAAAAACUUGAUGACCAGGAUGGCAUCAUUCGACGAAUCUGUAGCUGCAGGACACAAGCUACUGGUUGGCUUUCAGCAAAGGCUUGAGCUCCUCCGGCGACCUCCUGUGAACAGGAAUUCAGAAUUGGUUGAGAAGAUUAUCAAAGCUAAUGAGUCGAAAAGGGUUCUAUCAUACUUUGAAGCUGGGUGUAUUAAUGUCCAUGAUAGUGUCCAGAGUAUGAGCAACUUACGCACGUGUCUGCUCGGGCUUCAGGAACAUAUAAAUAGAGCCAAAACCAUGCUAGAAGAGUCAGAAUGUCUUCUUGCAGAUGCUACCCUCGUGAUGCAAACAGCAAAUGAAUGUUUAUUACAAAAUCGGGAUGUAGAUUCUAGUGAUGGGUUGCAUGACCAAGCAAUCGUCAGCAAUAAGGAUGAAACUGCACUUUCAGAUCAUCAAAACCCCGAAAUCACAGACUAUGCUACCAUGAUGGCAAUAAUUUACAAUAUGAUGAAACAGGAUUUCUUAAUGCAGGAAAGAAUUGUUUCCGCUCUUGAUCUAAAGCUGUCAUCCGGAGAAUUAGAGAGCUAUUGCCUGAUGUGGUCGUUGCGACCUUUCAUAAACGACCAACUCAUGAGAGAAGCAUGGAAGCUCAUCCGUUGACUAUUGAAGCUUCUACAAUUAGGUUUGAUAAAGGGCUCGUGUUCAGCGGAAGAAAUUGCAUUCGUACUGCUCGGUUCGACUUGAAGAACCUCGUGUGCACUUUGUACUGUUCUGCAGCCAACUUUUCUCACGAGUAUUAAUUGUUGCUAAGAUAUUGCAGACCAUCAAUCCUUGUCAGAAGGCCCUGGUUAUUACGUAUGAGUCUUCGAGUUCAAACAAUGUAAAGUUCGGAAGCCGAAUGAGAUCUUUCAUCUUUCUUCAA